GUCCAGACGGCGAUGAGAUGGUGAAGCCGGACAGCGCAGCCCUACUAAUAUCGGUGAUCGGCAUUUCCAAUACAGUCGGUCGGCUCUGCUUUGGAUUGAUUAGUGAUGUGAUCAACAGAAACGGAACCAUUGCUGGCAUUCGUAUAACGCCUCUCACUAUUAAUAAUUACUGUCUAUUUCUGUGCGGAAUAUCCGUUAUUGCGAUCCCGUAUUGUAUUACAUAUACGUCAGUAUUAAUAGCGAGUGUUUUGUUUGGCUUUUUUGUCUCGGCUUACAUAUGCUUGACAUCAAUAAUAUUGGUCGACUUAUUGGGAAUCGAUAGACUGACCAACGCUUUUGGUCUCCUAAGUCUGUUCAGAGGGGUUGCCUCUAUGUUAGGGCCACCCAUUGCUGGUGUGAUAUUUGAUAUGACAAACUCGUACCACAUAUUGUUUUGUUGCGCCGGAAUUCUGCUAAUAAUCUCAGCGUUGAUAUCAUUUAUGAUUCCCAACAGAAAUAUUAAUGACGAGGAAAAGGAAGAGACAGACGUCGAGUACAAUAUCUGAAACUAACUGUGAUUUCAUAUACUAUCGAUUAAUACAUUUUAAUAUUUGUAUAUAAAUUAGUCUAUAGAUUAUAUCC